GAGCUCAGCUCAGUGGGGAGGGGAGAGAGAGAGAGAGAGAGAUGGGAAGGAGGAAGGGAACCGUGGAGUUCGAUGAAUCGCCGCCGGACGACUUCGAUGCGGCGAAUCCGUACAAGGACCCGGUGGCGAUGCUGGAGAUGAGGGAGCACCUGGUGAGGGAGAAGUGGAUCGACAUCGAGAAGGCCAAGAUCCUCCGAGAGAAGCUCAAGUGGUGCUACCGUAUCGAGGGAGUCAACCACCUCCAGAAGUGCCGCCACCUCGUCCGCCAGUACCUCGAUUCCACCCGCGGCAUCGGCUGGGGCAAGGACGGCCGCCACCCCUCCCUCCACGGUCCGAAGGCUGAGACUGUCGAGUCUGAAUAACUCCUGCAGCAGUCACUGAAGGCCACCACCACUUGUGGUUUGGGAAAUUUAUGAGGGAAGUGGGGCUGGAGAAUCUUUGGAGACAGUGUGACUGUAUCUCGUUCAUUAUCUUUUAAUGCGAACAGGCAAUUUGUUGCUGGCUUUGACAUUAUCUGCUAAUUUCACUUGUUAGGACUUGCACUGCACAAAUUAAAUAAUUCCCAUACAUUUUGCCUCGUUCUUUCUUCUUGGCAA